UCUGCGACCGAUCGACCGGUGAUGUGACACGACUGUGACAUGUGUCACGCGAGUGUUGCUGCUGCUGCGGUUUACGUUGUGGUUGUCAUUGCAUAAACGUGGAUCGAUUUAGAGGAGAAUUACGAGAAUGGUGGACGGGCACGACGCGAUGGAAACGACGGAGAAUAGCGAUGGACCUCGUGAGAAGGAAUCACGAUCGGUGGUGGAGAGCAACGAGGAUCCCCCCCAACAAACCACCGCACCGACGACCACCAUAAGCACCAUAGCCGUGCAGAGCGGUGAAACACGUCUGGUGAUCGCUCUACUUCAAAACGGGGAAUGGCUCAGGUUGAAGGUACUGGAGGUCCAGCCGGAAUUAACGAAGCUCGGCGCCUCCGUCGAGGAAGCAACCGAGCUAUCCAGCGCACACGACGAAGUCCUGCUUCGAUUGCAGAGCAAACAAAGCCCGGUUGAGGAACUGCUCCGACAGGCUGAUCAAUUGAUUUCGAACCAAAGGCCAAGGGCGGAAGUGUACGCCGCGAUGGCGGAAACGCUGGGCCAAGCGUGGCGCGACGUGAACGAGCUUUUGGAGCGCCGGAAACAGAUCCUCGACAGCAACGUAUUGUUUCAAUGUUUCAGCCGAGCAGAGGAGUGUCGGGAAAGCAUGAGGGCCUUGGAAAUGGCGUGCAACGACACACUGCUGCCGAUCGAGAUCGAGGCGGUGAAGAAUUUCCUGUCGAAGAUCCACGAUCUACGAAAGAACAUGUUGUGAAAGAGUUUGUUGGACAGGCUGAAGGAGAUCGCAAACGAAGGCACCUUGGACUCCAGGCCGGACAGAAUUAAAUUGGAAGCUGAUCACGCUGUAUUACAAGUCGAAAGGUGGUUGGAGGAGCUUCACGACCGAAGGCAACUGAUCGAAACGUCGUUUCGUAGUAGAAAAACACAAUUGGAACAAUGCUUGGCUCUAGCCCUGCUGGCAACCGAUUUACGCGAUCUCGAAGAGAUCCUGAACGAUCGAAUCGCUGCCCUUUCGAGCAGUUGCGAUCAACUCGGUGAUUCCGCAUCGAGCGCGGACUUACUUCUGUUUGAAUUGAAAAAGUUACAGGCUGAAGCGAAGGAAUUUCAAGAUAGAUCGAUCAAGAUUACGAAGUCGACCGAACGAUUAGUGUCAUCGGGACACUUUGCCGGUGAACAAGCGACAGAACAGGCUUAUGCCAUCCUCGGAGCCGCGGCUGAUUAUGUCAACGAUUUGGAUCAGUAUGAAUCUCUGCUGAAUAGAGCCGUGGCCUUCUUCGAAUUGGCGCGAUCGGCUAUUACGAAACUGGAUCAGCUCGAGAUCCAGCUGGUGACAACGGAGCAUCCCCCAUAUUCGGCACGAUUAGCUCGUUUCCAUGCUCAGACGGUCGCCACCAUAGAAGACGUCACGUCGAAGCCUUUGGAGGAAGGAUACGCCCUCCUCGAUAUCACAGGAAGAGGAGCGCCUGGAGCCGAGGGUGUAAAACGCACGGUGGAGGAACUGGAGAACCGGAAGAUCCGGUUAACGGAGCGUUGCACGGCUCACGAGAAAGAGAACCUCGAAAUAUCGAGAAUAAUCAACACGUUCCUGGACAAACACGACGAACUACGAAAAUGGCUGACGAGCAUACCCGAGGCGUUUCUCCAGGGCCAUCAGGACAUGGGCAGCGACGUCCCAAUGGCGGAGGAUUUCUGUCGGUUGCAUCGUCAAUUGUUAAACGAUCUCGAGCAGCGAACCGAAGAGGUCGAACAUCUGGAAUUCGAAAUACUUCCUGUCCUGGCACGGCUGGAAGAGAUACAGAGACUGGAAUUACAAUCGAAAGCCGCAGAACUUCAGAACGCCUGGACCACGACGAAGAAUCUUGUGGCAAGGAGGGUCGAGGUUGGAACGAUUUACUUGCAAUUUCACUUGGACGUUGAACAACUGACAAGGGAAAUCGAAUCGAUCGAAAGCGAAUUGACGAGACCCACUGACAUUUUGGGCGGUGCGAAAGUCGAGGAGCUUGAGAGACGCUGGAAGGACCUUCAACCCCUUUACGUGAAACUCACCGGAAAUGGGAAGGCAUUCUUGGACGCCGCUGUGAAGAUCAACGAUCCCUAUCUUGACGUGCACAGAGCUUGUCUGUGUGUUCAGACACUUUUGGAUAAGUUUGCUAAUAAACAAUUACAACUGACCAGAAUCACCAGUGAGAUCGUGAUGGAGAAACGUAUCGAGUAUGAACGAAAAAUUGAAGAAAGUAGAAAGACAUUGGAGACAGUUACUAAAUGUUUCGAAUCGAUUUACCCGAUAUUAACGACACAGUCUUCUAAAACGACAUCGAUUCUUCAGGAUCUGCAAAGUUCGAAAACUCAUACUGUACCUGAACUGAACAAAUCAGUCAGCGAAUUGGACUCCAGAAUUAAAAGCAUGACUUCUUUGGGUCAAAGAGAAACAGAAGAAGGUCAAUUUGCUGAGAAGAUCUUGAGGAAUCUCCAAGAGAUGCAUGAGAAUCUGCGUACAAUAGCGAGGGACUACGAAAGUCUUCUAGAGUCGAUGAUUUCUGUGGUUCAGGACAUGGACAAAGUCAAACGUGACAUCGAACAUUUAAUGAUUCAAGCGCAACGUGCUAUGUCUGUGAAGAAUUUAUUCGAAGUCGAAUCGAUUUUGAGCGAGUUAACCGCGAAAAGAAAGUGCGUUAACGAUCAAUUGGGUCAGAUCAGUGAAAAACUGGAGGAAGUCGAAGCCAGAAUCCGUAGGCAGGAACCAGCUUGGCUGGCUGCUGAUAUUCAGGAUAUCGAGAAAUUGGAACGAGCCAUGAUGUCGGUGAGAACCGAUUUUACGAACUGCGAGCGUGAAAUCGAGAAGAUUGAAGAGCAUCGACGAACCUGCAUCUUCGCUGACGAUCUGGAAAAAAUCCACAUGGAACUCCAGAAUCUGAGCGAUCAUCUGAGAAACGUGGAAGCUAGAAUCGGUGAAAAUCUUCCAGCAGCCAGAGCUACUGCUGCUUCGUUCGUGCAAUUUGAAAAAACCGUACUGAUCCUGGAGGAGAGAAUCGAGACGUUCGUGAAGUUGACCGAAAAAUCAAUAACACUUUUGACACCAAAUAUUGCAAAUGAUAUUGCUUCGUUAAGAGAAAGAUGGAGGAAUCUUAAGGCUAGAGUGGAAGAAACGAAGAGACGAAUGAAUUUGAGCGUGGAGUAUUUCGUACUUUUGGAAGAAGCUAAGGAAUGGAAUAGAACUGGCAGUAAAUUGUUAAUGAUGAUCGCAAGAAAAGCGACCACGGUAAAAGUACCGAAUGACACGAUCGAGCUUCUGCAAGAAAUUGAUAAUUACUUAAAACCAGGCGAGGAGAUACAAGAACAGAGGAUCGAGAAGCUGAAGGAACUGUCGACCAUCAUUUUCGGAACAGACAGGCUACCCCAAUUCAACGAGGUGAUAGUCGAGAAUCGUCAGAUGCUCGACUCGUUCGCGGUCGUUUCUUCCGAGCUACGAACGCUGGUUGAAAAUUUAAAGAACGCAGAAGACAUCCGAGAGAAACUGCGAAUCGAGAAACACGAAACGGACCAAAAGUUGCAGGCUGUUAAAGUAGAAAUGGCUGCCGCGGCAGCAGCCAGGGAUGAAGCUGAGAACGCCAGAAAAAUCGCCGAAAAACUCGCGGCUGAAACGUUGGAGAAAGCAACGAUGGAAGCGAAGAAAUUAAAAGAGGAAAGGGAGGCGCAGACUGUUUCAGCUCCACCGUUGUGCUCCGUGUCCGCUCAGACUGAAAAAAUUGAAACCACCGAUGAAAGUUUCGUCCAUGAAACAGUCACUUCCGCCAUUACCACUAAAGAAAUACACAUUUUGCAAAAGACGGAAAUUGAGAAGACAGUACCAGCGUUCCAACGCGAGGCGAGUCCAUUUAAGAAGAUCGUCACUGAAGAAUCUCUUGAGAAAUCUUAUGAAAAAGUACAGACGGAGGACGUUCCUCCAUUGGCUCCAGAAUUUUCAAUUCCUCUGCACGAUGCCACUGUGCAGGAAGGCGAGAGGUUCACUUUUCAAUGCAAUCUCGUCGGUCACCCGUUACCAGAAGUGGUCUGGUACAAGGAUGGAAUUUCAAUUUUGAACAACCCUGAUUACCUAACGACGUACACGCACGGUCUUUGCACAUUAACGAUCGAGGAAACGUUUGCCGAAGAUUCUGCCCAGUACACUUGCAGAGCGUUCAAUAUUGCUGGUUCAGCUGAAACCUCUGCCACUUUGACAGUCAAAGAAACAGCACCGGAAGAGCAACCCAGCCCGCCAGUUUUUGUAAAAGAAUUGGUAGCGUCAGUCGUAACGGAAGGCUCCUCUCUUCGAAUGGACUGUGUCGUGGAAGGUAACCCUCUGCCAACGGUUCAGUGGUACAAAAACGAGACAAAUAUUGACAAUUCUCCUGAUUACAUUAUCACUUACAAUAACGGCGAAGCUGUAUUAAAAUUCGACGAAGUGUUCCUCGAGGAUAAAGCUACUUACACCUGUAAAGCAGCGAAUCGAUUGGGCAACGCCUCUACUUCCGCCUUUCUGGAUGUACAAAAUUCGAGAAAUAACAUGGAGAAACCACGUUUCGUGACAGCUUUGUCAAAUGCAAUGGGCAGAGCGGGUCAAAGGGUGAGACUCGAAUGCGAGGCGACAGGAAAUCCAAUGCCUACGUUGACUUGGUACCAUGACGGUAGACAGAUCGAAGAAACGAUGAAUGUGAAGAUACAAACGGACGCCGGUCGGACCAGUUUGACCAUCACCGAGGCGUUCGCGAAGGAUGCCGGGUGUUACAUGGUCGCCGCUAGAAACGACGCAGGCGAAGCGACAGUCACCUGUAACGUGUCGGUGAAAGGACGUCUUCCACACGAGACCAGCGACUCCGAGCUGGGCUGCAGCGACAUGGAGCCCGUGGUCCCGAAGAUCCAGAUGCCCCUGAAGGAUCUAGCGAUCCAGGAAGGCCGGUCCGUUCGGUUGGACUGCGUUAUCGUUGGUCAGCCUGAACCGGAAGUGAUCUGGUACCACGACGAUCAACCGGUGAAGGAGUCCGCCGAUUUCCAGCUGUUGUUCCAGGGCGACAAGUGCUCCCUGAUUAUCCACGAGGCUUUCCUGGACGAUGCCGGUGUGUACAAAGUAGUCGCCAUUAAUUCUGGCGGCGAAGCGUCUAGUCAGUGCACGUUAACGAUAACGCCGGUCUCCGUUCCUGCGGAUUUGGGCAAAACGCGACCAGAAGUCGAGGAAAUAUUAGUUACUGGCUCGCCACCAAAAUUCGUGAAACUUCCGACGGAUUCGUUGGUGGCCGAAGGCGAGGACGCCAUAUUUGAUUGCGCGGUGGUUGGAGAACCGAAACCGGAACUCAAGUGGUUCUCGGACAGCGGCGAGAUCAUCGGAAGUGAAAGAAUCUUGAUCCAGAAAAAAGAAGAUGGAACCGGCAUUCUUCGGAUUCUGUCCGUGAUUCCGGAUGACCGUGGAAAUUACAUCGUGAAAGCCAUCAAUACUCACGGAGAGGCGAAGGCAUUCGCCAGGUUGGUCGUCAGAUCAUUGGGCGACUUCAGAAGAAAAGAAGAAUUCGUGCAAAUGGAGGAAAAACUCAUUGCGCCUACGUUCAAGGAAAGAUUCGAAGACAGAAACGUAUCUGAAGGAGUGUCGACAAAGUUCGAAUGCAUCGUCGUUGGAAAGCCAUCCCCAAAGAUUCAAUGGCUAUUUAACGAUCGUCCCGUUCAUGGCAAGGACUUCUUGGUGUCGGUCAGCGGGGAUCGACAGGUGCUAACGAUUCCGGAGACCGGAAGCACGCAUGUCGGUACUAUUUCCUGCGUGGCGGAGAACGCUGCUGGCAAAGCGAUCUGCAGUGCUCGUUUAGAGAUUGGUGGCUGGCCAAGGGAAGAGGAAAAGAAGACAGACGAGGGGGCAUCAAUAGUUGCGAGGGUGCUUGAAUUAGUCGAAAGUGUGCCCAGUAAGGAAAUGCACGCGGCGAGUAGCAGCGAGAAACACUUCUCUGCGGAGAAGAUGUCCGAGAUCGGGGGUGAUAAUAAAAUGUUGACCAAGAUGUCGGAGAUCGUCACGGAGUCCUCCACCACGCAGAAGACCACGAAGAAAGAGUACAUCUCGUCGAUGAUGUCGUCGACGAUGACGAAGUCUGGACAGGAGCCGAGCAGCGUUUGCGUGAAGACAACCGUACACAGCACCGAGCAAUCGUCGUCGGAAAAUGGGACACCCCCUGUUGUGCAGUCGUACAAGAUCGAGGAACACGAAAAGAUCAUACAAGACCAACCAGGCGAAAUUCGACAAGAAAAGACUGUUGUUGUAUCCCAGGACGAAGAAGGAAUCAAACGCGACAUCAAAGCUGCACAAGUAUCGAAACCGACCAGAAAAUCGACCGCACCAAGGUUCGUGUCACCGGUCACGGGAAUGAUCGUUGAUCAAGGCACCGAUGUUGUCCUCGAAGGAAUCAUCGACGGCUUCCCUCAGCCUUCGAUCAGUUGGUCGAAGAACGGACAGGAGCUGAAAACGAAAGACGGCGUAGCGAUAAGUUACGGGCACAAUCAUGUCCGAUUGGAAUUAAAGAACGUUAAUGUUAAGGACGCUGGACGAUAUACUUGCACCGCGAGCAACGAUGUUGGAUCAGCCAGCAGCACAGCCGAUCUAGUUGUGAAAAAAACGAUAUUCCCGCCGGUAUUUGGCAGAAGACUUCAAGCUCAAAUUGUGAAGCGUGGCGAUCGUGUGAAUAUGGAGGUGGAAAUUACAGGAACGCCAGAACCCACCGUCUCGUGGUUCAAGGAUGACAUCCCGAUCAAAGAACGACCGCCUGAAUUGAGAAUGAAACAGCAAGGAAAUUGUUAUAUGCUAAUUAUUGAAAAAGCUGAGAAAGAAAAUUGUGGAAAGUACAUGGUUCGAGCAACAAAUGCUGGCGGAGAAGCGCAAAGCAUAGCCGAUUUCGCUGUUUUCGAGCCAACACCUGAUACGAUGGUCGAAGUUCACAAAACCGUCAUCUAUGAGAACGUUCAAGAUAAAAAGCUGCUUCAGUCCGACGAAAAGAAGAGGGAAGCCUCUUCCAUCAAACAAACAACAGAACAGGUACCAAAGCCACUGAUGCAACCGAGUUCAUUCAUAAAACCGCCACCAAGCGUCACAUCUAUGUCAACGUCUCAAAAGACCCGUACAGUCGAAAAGAUCGAACAGCCGGAAAUGUGUCGAUCGGAAACAAUCUCGUCGACGAUCGAAUCCCACCAAUCCGAAACCAAAUCGGAACAGAAGUUCCACAUGAAGCUAGAACACAAGACACCGUCGUUGAUAGAGCCGACGAGGGAAGAGAAAACUCUGGUCAAAGAAGUGAUUCGCGAGGAAAAGAAAAUCAUCGAACCGAAGUCUACGGUGGUCGAAGAAAAAACGACAAUCGAAAACGAGAAUAUCGAAACAUCGACAAUAGCCAAGAAAGACGCCCUAAGUUUCUUCGAGUCGAUGACGAAGGAUACAGAGGCGACACCAAAAGGUCCAAAGGGAAUGAUCAAAUUAGUGGACGACACCGAUGGCCACGAAGUGAAAGUAGGAAAUCUGACGAAAAAUUACGAGAGAUCGACAACCUACCAAGAGGUCAGAAAGCCAGAACCAAGGCCUCCGGAGGUUCAAACGACGAAGAAAGCUGUCCACGAGAUUUUCACUAAAUUGGAACAAGGCAAUACUGCCUUUAGGGGUGUAGACAAUAAAUUGUUCGAUUUCCCAUACGAGCCUUAUAAACCAUCACCGGUAGAGACAAAGAAAACAGUCGUAGAAGAGACAAUCACUUCAGGGUCAUCGUCCCUUCAAGGAUCUCUGAUGAUGUCGAAAACAGAGACAAAGUCAGAGAGCUCGGAAAUAUUGAUGGGCGGUUUCAACUUGGUGCCUGAACCACCCCCAGAGAUUGGUUACAUGCCGAAGCCGGAAGAGGUGAAAAAAAAACGCCCUGACGUGUCCAUAAAGGCUAAACAACUACAGGAAUCAUUCGACAAAACCCUAUCCCCUAUCGACGCCCCAAUCGGCGGUGUGAAGAUAUUCCCGUCGGCCUCUCCGAAAAUUAUCGAACAACCUAAACCAGCACCAGCGCCAACGUUCUCGAUGCCACCUCCGCCGUUCGAACUCGGAAAGAAAGAGAUAGUUGAAGAGAUCUGCGUGAAGAAAGAUGUCCACGAGAAGAAGGACUUUGCACCGAGCCUGAGGCCAACGUCCCCGAGCAGACCUUGGUCUUCGUCGUCAGACGUGGAGACCAGGUCGCACGUGUCCACCGAUCUCUCGGAGUACAGGUGUCAUUCGGCCGCCUCGAGUCAUCAGGAAAUCCUCAGGUCGUCUUCGCCUAGGCCGUCAGCCGACGGCCUGGCAAUGGAGAAGUCUUGGGCAAAAAAGUGUGCAGACUCCAGUAGGAAAUCUUGGCCACCUCACGAGGACACGUCCACGAAAUUCAAGCACGAAUGGCAGAGCCCCGGCGAAGACUACAAAACUUCGUCCAAGGAAUCCAGACAGGAAGUAGAAGAGAUUCCAGGAGGCGGGAUCAAGAAAACCAGCAUGGAGUCGUCGAGUACUUUGGAAAAACGUUCCUGGAGUUCGAAACAGGAGACGAUGGAGAAACUAACGAAGAGAGCUCCGUCACCUCCGAAAGUUCAGCCCAUUAUUUACGACGCGAAGACAAUCAAGGUCGAUCACACAGUGAACAAGAUCGAAGAGAAGUCCAUGUACGAGAAAUACUCUGGUGAACGUGACACGAAGAAGUCAGAAGUAUCUGAGAAGAUCGAGCAGUUCAGUUCAAAGACUCGAUGGACAGGCGCGGAUGAUUUAAAGGCUCCUGGUUUGGUCAGGAGCGUCGAACCACCUAAGAAACCUACGCCCCAGGUGUAUUAUCCACCGCAACCAAUACCCAGCACUGAUCAGAUUAUCCUCGAACCAGGCCCACCUCCAGAAAUAGGGUAUAUCCCAGCGCCAAUGGUAAGGGAAAGUAAGAUCGAAAAAUUCGAGAAGAACCUGGAUGUAUCUGUAGAGUACCAGCCACCUAAAAUCCCUCAAGCAGGCAUCAGAACCACCCCCCAAACACCUAAACGAGAAGAACCUCCAGCAUUGCCACCUAAAGACGUUCGAAUGACUCCUCCACCUCUACCAGCCAAGCAACCAGCUCCCAUGGAACCCCUGGAACCGUUCCCGUUCAAACCGUCGCCCUCCCCACCAGUUACAAAGACACCAAGGGUAGCUCCUCCCCCUACUCCCACGAAAUUCAUGAAAGGAACCUUCGCCCAGGAGAGUGACUACGAGUCAGACAUGGACGGCCACUUGAAGGCCAAGUGGAGGCCAUACGAAAUUCCCUCCAAAUUCGAAGUUCCUCCAGAAUCGAUUUCAUUAUCUGGACAGACGAUCAGCAAAGACCGACAGGAGACGGUCUGCAAGAGGCAAACCACUUUGAAGAGACAAGAGCAGGAGAUUAAGCAGGAACAGAAGUACCAGGUAUUUCAGCCUCCUCCGGUUGAAUUGAAACCUGGCUCACCGCCGAUCUACGUUCAACCAGCCAUGAAGAGUCCAGCCCCAAAGAGUCCAGUUGCCAAGAAGCCAGAAUCUCCGAAGUUCAAAGUGAAAACGUUCCAACAGGAGAGUGGGUACAUGGCUGACACCGAUGAACCUCUGCAACAGAAAUCUUCGGUCGCGUCGUUGCAGAAGUGCUUUGGCAAACACGAAUCCUCGUCUACCACCUGUCACAUGGAGUCGCGAUCUUCUUACUCGGAAAGCCGAUCGGAUUUCUUCGAGAGCAAGAGCUACGAAAGCCGCCAGCAGCAACAGCAUCAACAGAAGAUGGAGCCUUUUGGUCCGUCACAUGUGACACCUGUUGCUAAACUGGCCCAGCAACCGAGUGGCUAUCAGCAACGCAGCUGCUUCAUGGAGAAGAGUUAUAGCUCCACCGGCAGCUCCCCGUCGAGAUUCGUGUCCACGAAGGAAACUGCUUAUACAACGGAUCAGUCGCAGAAGAGAUUGGAUAUGUCGAAGAAAAUCCUGCCGCCAUCACCGAGUCCUUCUAAAUUCGUGAAGAGCGAAUUUCGUGAAAGCGACUACGAGAGCGACUACGAUGGCAGAAUACCGCCACUUUGGAAGCCGCGAAGCUACGAGAGCGACGAUCAGCCAUUCAGACCUGUCAAACCGAAUCUCGCUGGUCCAGGAAAACCAAAGGAGCCGCCUGUGCUGCUGAUCGAAGAGACAUCGUCCCGUCUACAGAGAGCGAAGGAGCUCGAGAAAAAGGAGGAGAAGAGGGUGACCACGCCAACCAAGCCAAAAACUGUCCUACUUCCUGGUUCACCACCGGAGAUCGCGUACGCGCCUCCCCAACCCCAACCGACCUAUUACGAAGCACGUUCCGGGAUGCCCUUCCACAACGCAAUCGGAACGGAGACCAAGAAGACUGUCAGAAUGGACGAGUCGACGGAGAACAGUCGAAGGAUCGUCACAGUCGAACAGACAAGUCGAGUGAUCAAGUUCGGCGACAAUCAGAAGACUACCACAGAUUUCAGUAGCUUCGACGGGACAUCUGGUCGGACACAGAAGCCACCACAAUUUAGGGUACCGACGCCAAAGAAAUUCGUGCAAGGUCAGUUCAAGGAGUCUGAUUACGAAAGCGACAUUGACACCAGGAUCAAGCCGAAAUGGGCACCGCCUGACAGUGAUACCGAAGAGCCUAGGUAUAGAAAGGUUCAACCGCCAGCUAUAAAGUCACCAAGGUCGUCCAGCGUACCGGUCAGGCAAGGAAAUGUUGUGUCCCCGUUGGAGUUCGAUACUGGUCCACCUGUGCUGAAGAAACAGACCUCGAUGACGCAGCUCAGGGACGAAUCUAGAACGAGAAAGAUCGAUUCUCAGACGAAAAUCCAGAGGGAUUGCACGUCCUCGCAGGAGGAGACGCUGAAGCCUGGCUCGCCACCUGAGUUCGGGUACAUUUCGAGGAACGACAUGAAGCAGGCUGCCAACCACGUCGCGUCGCGUCACAUGAGCGACAUGACGAGCAGCUUCAAGUCAAAAACCGAGAAAUUCGUCAACGAUAUCCACUCGGACCUGAAGCAGGGCAAGCCGAUCCUGAAGCAUCCGACAGACAGCCGUGCCAGCGACGCGGACGAGCCACGAACGUACAGAGAAGAAUCACGAGUCUCGGAACAUGGAACGAAGCAAAUCGACCCGGAGACAGGGCUGAUCUACUUCAAAUACGACUUCGGCUACGAGUUCGGGAUCGUACUUCCCGGCGAGGGUAAGAAGACAGUGACCAGCACGAACAGAACGAUCCAAGGUCAGAGACGUGCAAGCGACAUCGAGGUGCCGAUCGUUCACGAGUUCACCACGCGAAAAGAGAACGGUUUCGCGAAGAGGACCGGCACAACGUCUUCGUCGAAUCGUCAAGGGAAGCCCACCGGUAAGUUCGGUGCCUCGAAGACCGUGAAAUGGGAGCCAACGUCCGAGAGCGAGUUCUCGGAAUCGGAGGACGUCAGGAACGCGAGGAAAAGGCAUACGGACGGCGGAAGUACGAUGGCGCCACCAAGCCUCGUGAUACCUUGUUCACCGUCGCCUUCCAGAUGGGAUCACACGACGCCCAGUCCGCUUUCCCUGAGCCCAAGCUUACCGAGCCUCUCCCCCAGAUACAGUAGUGCCACUGGACCACCCAGCAACGUCGACUCCGCAGGAUCACCGUGGCCCACCACUAACGGAGUGACCUCGAGCAAAGAAGUGAUUCAACCGUAUCUCGAAAUACUACCGAAGAAGGCUCCUCUUUUCAUCACGCCUCUUAGAGACAUCGCAGUGGUGAGCGGGCAAACAGCGAGAUUCGAGUGCAUCGUUCAAGCUGAACCGCAGCCCAACAUCCUUUGGUCCAAGGACGGCAGAAUCGUCGAGAAUUCUUCGAGCCAUGAAAUCCAUUAUAGAAACGGCGUUUGUCGUUUGACUAUAGUGCGAGCCUACCCAGAGGACGCCGGCACUUACGCGUGUACCGCGACGAAUAGCUUAGGUUCGACAGUGACUUCGGCCACCUUGCAGGUGCCAGGUAACAGACGAUCAGUAUACGCGCCUAUUUAAUAAUGGUCGAGAAGAGAUUUAAACAAAAAAAAAAAAAAAAAAAAGAAACACGCAACGCAAUC